GAUAUUUGAAGAAAACGUUAAUGGUGAGAUAAAAAAAAGCUUUCGACGGCUAAGAAAAUAAAAAAAUGUUAGUGUUGCAGAGCCACCAGUGUCUCUUCACUUCACCCUUCUCUCUCCCUAACCGUCUCCGUCCGACGCGUCUUAUCUCUCUCUACCGCCUACCGGAAUCCAUCUCUCCAGUAUCCGCUUUUACCAGGAUCCGACCCGAUGGAAUCCGGAUAACCGCCGUUAAAAAAAUAGCCGAUGUGGCGGAGGAGGUUGAGGAGGAAGAUGGUCCAAUUGAGCUUCCUCCGCCGUCAUCGUCUCCGUUUUCGUCUACCAACUCCAUAUUCGCCACUUCCGAUGACCCUACUCCUCUCCAGUUAGCCACCAGUGUGCUUCUAACCGGUGCCAUUACUGUCUUCCUCAUCCGCUCGGUUCGACGGCGCGCUCGACGCUCCAAAGAGCUGACAUUUAGGUCUACCGGAGCAAAGAAAUCGUUGAAAGAUGAGGCAUUGGAUAAUUUGAAAGCGUUGGGUUCAACUCCGAUAGAAGGAGGUAGUUCAACUCCAUCGGCGGCUUCAGCGUUUCUUGGUGCGAUAUCAGCAGGAGUCAUUGCUCUCAUUCUUUACAAAUUCACUGUUACUGUUGAAUCAGGACUCAAUCGUCAGACUAUCUCUGAUAACUUCUCGAUAAGGCAAAUCACAGUAACCGUAAGGACUAUCAUCAACGGUAUAUGCUAUCUAGCAACAUUUGUUUUUGGUCUCAAUGCGUUCGGACUUCUCCUUUACUCUGGUCAAUUAGCCUUCAACGAAGAGUCCGAUGAUGCCAUCAAGGCCACAAAACAGCCUGGAGACUCAUCAGGUGACAACAGUGAAGUAAAUAAAAACAACGAGGAUCAAAGUUGAGGUGAUUGAUCCAGUCUUUGUAUUUGUACUUAUGAAACAUGUAAUAAUAAUAAUUCAUGUAGCGAACUAUGUAUAAAUUGUUUUUUUUUUUUAAUAUCUUUUCAAUUGAUUGUAAACUAUCUCUAGCUACCUGUUUGUU